AUGUCCAACACCAUCCACGUCAAGGGCAUUAGCUCGCAGACCUCUGAGAAGGAGGUGCGAGACUUCUUCAGCUUUUGCGGCAAGAUUCAGGACCUCUCCGUGUCGCCUGACGAUGCAUCCACCCAGUCCGCCACCGUAACCUUCGAGAAAGAGACUGCCGCUAAGACCGCUCUCUUGCUUGACAACACCCAGCUCGGCCCAGCACAAGUGCACGUCACCGCUGGCCAGGCGUCCGCAGCUUCAGGCGAGAAGGGAGCCAGUCAUGAGAGCGAGGGUAUCCAGCAAGAAGACAAGCCACGCGCUCGUGUUGCCGCCGAAAUGCUGGCACACGGCUACAACUUGAGCGACCAGGUCAUUCAGCGUGCCCUCGCUCUCGAUCAGCAGCAUGGCAUCUCGGCCCGCUUCACCACCGCUCUUACGAAUAUCGACACCAAGUACAAGGUGACCGACAAGGCCAAGGCCACAGAUACCCAAUACGGCAUCUCUGCAAAGGCAAACCAAGGCUGGCUCGGUCUCAGCUCGUAUUUCGAGAAGGCGCUGGGCACCCCAACCGGACAGAAGUUGCGCGCGUUCUACGAGCAGGGCCAGAAGCAGGUCCUUGACGUUCACAACGAGGCCAAGCACCUUGCCGCUUUGAAGACCGGCAAAGAGCCAAACCACCCAGUCCCAGGCAACGAGAGCCGCACAGAAUGCGCCUGUUCCGCCAAUUCCGGCAAGUGCUCGUGUGUUCCAGGCAAAUGCGCUUGCUCUAGCUGCGGCAAGAAUCCAGAUGCCCCGCCCACGACAAAGGUCACUCCAGAGGAGGCCGAGAUGGAAAAGGUCAUUGUGGCCGGCCAGGAGAAGACGAAGUGCAACUGCGCUGGAGCUGAGGGUAAAUGCCCUUGUGAGCCAGGCAAGUGUGCCUGCACCGGUUGCCCAAAGUCAUCCUAG